AAGAAAAAAAGAAGCUUUCCUUCCUGUCCAUGGAAGCGGGAACCGCUCUCCUCCGCGGCUUCCUUCCCUCCGACCCCCGCCGCCUCCGCCUCCGCCUCCGCCUCCGCCUCCUCCGCCGUCGUCCGAGCCCUUCUUUCCCGCGCUCCGUCAGGGCCUCCUCAUCUCCGCCGGGACAGUACAGAGGGCCGCAGCCGAAGAGGGAUCUCAUCGCCGACUGGGUCCCGAACAACGACGGUCUCGUCCGGAGCUUGCCUAUCUACGUCGGCGGCGCGUCCCUGUUGGCCGUCCUCUUCAAUCGCACCGUCUCCGGCAUCGCCCCCGUGGCCGACGCGAGCAGCUCGCAGUCGAGAGCGGAUUUGUUGACGCUCGGGAUCGCCGUCACCAAUAUACUGGCCGGACUCGUCUGGCUGUCUAUUAGGCCGAAAUCUGUAUCUGCGGUGGAACCGCUGGGUGCGGAAUGUCGGAGAAUACGGUCGGACUUGCCUGAAUCAGUAGUGUCCGAGUUGUUGUGGGUGUGGGAAUCUCUGUCUACGGUGACCUGCUGCAGGUCUUUGGCCAUUAUAUAUGAUGGCCAUUGCAUCAUGCAAAUUGGCAUGGGAGCUAAAUCAUCUGCUAAUGAUGGUCAAGCAGAGGACGUGGAUGCAAAUAAACUGAUGCAAGGAUCUCUUUAUCAAGGCAUUAUAAAUUCGAGAGCACAGAGUUACCUGGCCAACCUAUCUCUUUAUCCUGGGAGGUCUGAGCUGCCAUUUCUUCCCACAAACACUCAGGCAGUUAUCUUGCAACCACUUGGAGACAAAGGCAUUGCAGUAAUUGGGGGUGACACAAUCAGGGGCUUCACUACGUCUGAUCAGACAUGGAUAACAUAUAUUGGCGAGAAGCUGGAUGCGGCACUUGCAAAUUAUGUAGAUAACAACACGCUACUUAUGCAGGAAAGAGUUUGACUCUGACACCAAUGAAUGGUUUACCUGUGUAUGCAACAUUGGUUUUUGGUUGAUCUUGGUAAGAUUCUUUGUGAAAUUGAGACUGAA